AUGAACGUGCCCGCCGGCGCGCAAACCGCCACUCUCGCCGCAGGAUGUUUCUGGGGUGUAGAGCACAUGUACAGAAAGACUUUUGCGAAUAAAGGGCUGUUGGAUGCGCGGGUGGGAUAUAUCGGUGGCGACACAGAGAGCCCGAGUUAUCGCGCUGUGUGCAGUGGACGCACUGGCCACGCGGAAGCUUUACAGGUUGUAUAUGAUCCUGAGAAACUCACAUACCGCACGAUCCUCGAGUUCUUCUAUAAGAUGCACGAUCCCACCACGGCGAACCGUCAAGGCCCGGACGUGGGCUCGCAAUACCGAAGUGGCAUUUUCUACCACAAUGCUGAGCAGGAGAAGGAGGCGAAGGAUAUCACGGACAAGGUGAAUAAGCAGUGGUGGAAGGGUGGCGUUGUGACGGAGGUGUUGCCCGCGGGUCAGUGGUGGGACGCGGAGACGUACCAUCAAUUGUAUCUGGAUAAGAACCCAAGCGGGUAUGAGUGCCCGAGUCAUUUCUUGAGAAGUUUCCCGCCGCUCGCGGAUUAG